UGUUAAAAUUGUUUAACAGCUGUUUAGCUAAAGAGUUACGUGAGCCUUAAUUUGUUGAAUUAAAAUCUGGUUUAAAAAUGAAUCAAGCCGACGUUAGCAAGUUAAUAUCACAGUUGCGAAUUGCAGUGCGGCCAAACAAACGGCAUUUAAAAAACGUGUAUGGUCCAGAAGGCCGGCUGCUCAAGCUACGGAAAACUGUCACGGCGCUGGUGAAACACGAACGCAUUGAAUUGUUUUACAAUCGAGCAGAUGAGGCACGUGGGUAUGCAGAACUGCUCAUCUCAAAUGCAAUACGGUACGGCGACCGACAUAAAGCAACUAUGAAUCUUGCGGACUAUUGGCUGUUGGACAAGCAACUAGUACAUAAACUAUUUAAGGUGUUAGUACCACGAUUUGAAAACUCUAACUUAUCCUACACACGCAUGUUGAAAGCGCCGCGGGAAUAUCCUGGAAUAUACUAUAAAAAAUCUGUGCUGGAGCUCCGUGGGAAUCCCUUCCCAGUGCUAACGCCAGAUAACAAUCAGACUCGCAAUCUAUUACACAAUGUGUUGCUGGAUGAAGCACGUAAGGAAUUUAGACGAGAAAAGCUAGCAAAUAUGGCUAACAAACUUGCUGCUGAGACUGCAACGCCUCCAUCAUCCAUACAAGGGGCCACGACCGAAAACCAGCCAGAAAAUAUUAAAGGUGCGCCAAAAGUAUAGUAUUUUUUUGUAAACCGUUGGUAAUAAUACAUUUUUCUAAGCUUA